AUGACUGUUUGUGUUUAUUUCGUUUAUAGAACGAUAUUGAUUCGCCCUGAUUCGUUGAAUGCAUGUUGUUGCGUUGCGUCACGCAGUUGCAUCACGCUAGCACGUGUCAAAAAUCAUUUCAUAUUUCUUGGGUUUUAUAAAAUCCAAAUAAGCCUCGACGACUCUUCUCUCUCUCUCACCUGCCUCGACGACUCUUCAUGCUCGUCUUCGUCUUCUCGUUCAUUGAUCGACUUCAUCAAUAAUCGGAUGGAGAGGACUCUAAAUUCCCAAUUUAAGUAUUUAUUGAAAGGAGUCUCAGACUUGUUGUUCUCAGGAACAAUUUUAUAUCAGAUGCUGCUUCGGAAGGUUAAGGCCAAUUCGAAUAGGAUGAUUUUCAACUUGAAUGGGGAGGAACAUACUUUUGGUAUGAAAGAGUACGCCUUGAUUACAGGCCUUAACUUCGACAGAUUGCCUGAAUACAAAGAUGAAUGUCGAGAUUCGCCACAAGGAAGAAUGUUGAUGGCUUUUUCUCCCAAGGAUACUGUUGUAUCAAUCCAAAAGGAAAACACAUUUCAGGAGGGAGUUACUGAUGGUGGGAGAAAGAGAAAGGUUGGAGCGGAAUCAGAUGAAGAUGAAGAUGUUGAUCAAGAUCAAGAUGAAGAACCUACUACUAUGAAGAAAGAUGUCGAAGAGAUGAAGAAAGAUGUAAAAGAGAUGAAGGGAGACAUAAGAGACAUCAAAAAGGAAGAGAAGAAGGUGAAUGAAAAUGAUAUGGAUGAUGAUUCGAAUAUUGGAGCCAUUUUGAAAGACAUUCAUGAUGAAGAAGUGGAGGAGGAUCCGAUUGAGAAGGAUCCAAUUGAGAACAUGGAAGAAGUGGAGGAGAAGGAUUCGAUUGAGAUGGAUCCGAUUGAGAAGAAUGAUCCAAUUGUGAAUGAUCCCAAUGAGAACAUUGAAAAAGUGGAGGAGAAAGAUCUGAUUGAGAAGGAUCUGAUUGAGAAGAAGGAUCCAAUUGUGAAGGAUCCCAAUGAGAACAUUGAAGAAGUGGAGGAGAACAUUGAGAAAGAGGAUCCAAUUGUGAAGGAUCCCAAUGAGAACAAUGAAGAAGUGGAGGAGAACAUUGAGAAAGAGGAUUCAAUUGUGAACGAUGAAGAAGUUGAGAGCAUUGAGAAAGAGGAUCCAAUUGUGAGCAAUGAAGAAGUGGUGAACAAUGAAAAAGUUGAGAACAUUGAGAAAGAGGAUCCGAUUGUGAACAAUGAAGAAGUGGUGAACAAUGAAGAAGUUGAGAACAUUGAGAAAGAGGAUCCGAUUGAGGAGAAGAAUGAAAAGGAGGAGAAGGUGAAGAAGGCGCUGGUGAAGAAGGCGCUAGUGAAGAAGGCGUCGGUGAAGAAGGCGCCGGUGAAGAAGGCGCCGGUGAAGAAGGCGCCGGUGAAGAAGGCGCUGGUAAAGGCGACGGGGGUAAAGAAUGUAGUGAAGAAAAUGGGUAAAAAUGAUGACGAUGAUCUGAAACUAUGCAAUAUUCCUCCUAAGAAAAUUAUAUUUGUCUCGCGAAGGACAAAGAAGCUGAGGAAUGAUCCAGAUAGGACCAACCCUAAUCUAAAACUACCCAAGUUAAAUGAUCCUAUGACCGUCAAUCUCCUCCUCAAAUAUGACGAUCAACUGAUGACUGAAUUGCAAAAAUGGUUGAAAGAUCCAGAUACCGACAAAGAGAAAAUUGAUCUCAUUACUUCGGAGGGUGAUAAGGACUUAUUUUGCGAGUGCUGA